GAUAACAUCAUUAUUCAGUCCUGCAUCGCGGCGGUUGGUAGCUAUGAAACACGUCACCAAAAUUUCCCUAAUCAGCUUCCUCAUCAUCACCUUUCCGCCGUUUUGCCUUUGUCGGAAACCAUGCAGUGGAUGGUUUCAGAACAUUAGAAACGGACAUUGCUAUAGGGCAUUUUGUGAUGCGCUGAAUUUUACUAGUGCACAGAACGAAUGCAUAGCAGUUGGAGGACAUCUAGCGCAUAUAAGAAACGAACAGGAAGACAAAUUUGCUGCAACGCUGAAACAUGGAGUAGAGGAUUAUACGAACGAUUUUUGGAUUGGAAUUAAACGGAAAUCACAUAAAUCAAAUGAAUGGAUCUAUGUGGGUACGAAUAAAAAAGCUGAGUAUCUGAAUUUCCAUCCAAACCGUCCAGACAAUUAUGGCGGUCAUGAAGAUUGCGUUCAUUAUGUUUAUUCACAAUACUGGAAUCAGUGGAACGAUUUGCAAGCUUGGCGAGAGAGAGCUUAUAUUUGUGAAAGGCAUAACUGCAUCAAUUUAGAGUGGGAUUAG